AGCGGGUCCUUCCGGGGGUGACAUUCAGCCGGCUGUGGCGGCGACGGACUUUGCAGCCCAGAACCAUGGCCCAGUUUGUCCGUAACCUCGCGGAGAAGGCCCCGGCGCUGGUGAACGCUGCUGUGACUUACUCGAAGCCUCGAUUGGCCACAUUUUGGCACUACGCCAAGGUUGAGCUGGUUCCUCCAACCCCUGCUGAGAUCCCUACAGCUAUUCAAAGCCUGAAAAAAAUAGUCCACAGUGCUCAGACUGGUAGCUUCAAACAGCUCACAGUUAAGGAAGCUGUGCUGAAUGGCUUGGUGGCCACUGAGGUGUGGAUGUGGUUUUAUAUCGGAGAGAUCAUAGGCAAGCGUGGCAUCGUGGGCUAUAAUGUUUAAAGACCAGUGUUCGACAUCGGAUUGUAUUUGAUUUAUUAUUUGAGUGGUUUUGGACCAUGUGUGUUGAGACUGUUAUCUGAACAAAAUAUGUCAAAAAUAAAUGUUUCUCUCAGAUGCUAA